AUGGGUGGUCCGGACAACAUGGAUGGCCUGGGAAACCACGUCUACCUCGAGAAGCAAGACAAGCUACGAGACAUCGGCGUCGAUAUCCACACUUCGCAGGGUCUCUGCACCCGUUAUGCAACCCAAAUCACCCUCCGCCGAAAUCCGGUGAAAAGUAUUGUCAUUUCUAUCACUCCUCGAACCAUUGCCGACACAGUCUCGAAAGAGAAAGCCCGCGCUUUUCGCAGCGAGCUAGAAGGCUUCGACGGCAACCAGCUCGCCGCCGUAAUCGAGAAGGCCAACGCUGCCAUGGGAAUCCGAUCUAGUCCGUCGAAAGAUGACAUGAGCCUACGCAUGUUCAGCGAUGACAUUUUGAAGAUCGAAAUCUCUAGUCCCGAGCAUCCGCAUUUGACCGUCAUCGACGUCCCUGGGCUAUUCUCCGUUGCCGACGAAGGUCUUACUACAGAACUUGACAAGCUCAUAGUCGAAAACAUGGUGCAGAGAUAUAUGGAAAACGAGCGAAUUAUUGUCCUUGCCAUCUUAUCUUGUCUCUCGGAUCGAGCAACUGAGUGCGAGAAAGCUGUCGUCCAGCCACUUCGCGAACUCGUCUGCGGAAACACGCUGAAGCUUGGUUACUUUAUCGUCUGUAACCGCGGAGCCGACGAAGAUGCCCUAGAUAUUUUGCAGUGCAAGAUGAAGGAGGCCGAGCUCUUCACCAAACCUGAAUGGGCCCCCAUCGUGGAGCUCGGUCGUACCGGCGUGCUAGCUUUGCGGGCUGCGUUGCAGGACCUGCUUACUGAGCUCGCUAAGCAGGAACUUCCUAAGCAGAAAGUCGAAGUGUCAAAGCGGCUAUUUAACUCCCGGGACACUCUCAAGGCUAUGGGGCCACCAAGGGCCGACCCAGCCAGUCAGCGCCAGUUUCUUAGCAGUCUUGCCUCCAAAUUCGAAGGAAUUGUUCGUGAUGCUCUAGAAGGCCGAUACGAAUCGGACCUCAUUUUCGAAGAUAAUCCGGACAUGAAGCUCAUCACAAAGGUCUGCAGCCUAAAUGAGGGCUUCUCGAGUCUGAUGUUGAGAAGUGGACAUACUUGGACAUUUGGAAAAACCAGUAAGCAGCCAAGCAGCCCUCCCUCUAGCUCUACCGACCAAGUCGGGGAGCAAAUCGCCAAAUACGAGGCCAUUGCAAAAGAGUCGGAACUCAGGGUUUCGGAUUUUCCAGGCCCGCAAGCCCACGAUCUUGUGCCGCCUCUAAUCGUCCCUGUCGCUCAGCCCAAAUCGACUCUCGCGGAAUUCAUCGACGAGAUUUAUUCCCAAAGUCGGGGUCCCGAGUUGGGAUCGUUUGGUGGGGCUCUGCUUCCUCUCGCGUUUCGGAAACAAGCGGCAAAUUGGUCGUAUUUGGUCCAACGCCACGUCCAGACUGUUGUCGCGGACGUCUUCUUGUUUAUAAUUGAGCUGUUGCAGCAUGUGUUUGUGGAAAAGAAGUUGCGGGACACGAUAUGGGAAAUUGCCCUUUCCGACAAGAUUGUCGACUCUUGCCGCCGAGCCUUCGAACAUGCCGACUUCCUCGUCAAGCUCGAACUGGAAGGCCGCCCCAGCACCUACGACCACCACUUCAACGACAAUGUCCAGAAGGCUCGGAUGGAACGCCUUACAGAGAACCUGAAAACCAAGAUUUACUUUAACGCCUCGGAGCCAGCCAAUUCAACGAUUCCCUGGCAAGUUCUGCAAGAUGCUGUCAACAACAAGUCCAAUUCAGACCAGAUUAAGGAGGAGAUCCACGACAUCAUGGAGGCCUACUACAAGGUGGCUCACAAACGCUUUGUCGAUAUUUUCUGCCAGCAGGUGGUGCACUACUACCUGCUUGACAGCCUCGACAGCCCACUCAAGGUGCUUACGCCGGCGCUCAUCAUGACUAUGACUGAUAGCACGCUGGACCGGAUUGCUGGAGAGACUCAGGCAGCGCGACGGGAGCGUCAGCGACUCCAAACGGAGAUUGAGGGCCUAGAGGCCGCUCUUCAGGUGCUGCGUAGUUGA